AUGGCUGCACCCUUGAACUUGAGCUUUGGUGGAUCUGUAGAAAGUCUGCGCAUCGGAGAAGAUGAAGGCGGAGGAGAUCUGUGGCUGAGAUUGAGAUCUGGAAAGAGGCCGGCGAUGUGGAGGCUGAAGGCGGCGCUGGUGAUGCAGUGUCAAGGAAGAGCUGUGGAUGUUGAAGGCGGCACCACUGCUGAGGAUUUUGGAGGUGGUGGUGGUUCUCAAAAUGAAGAGAGAAAAAGGAUGAAGGUGAUGGAUUUAGGGCUAAGGCAUGAAGCAAAGUGUAUCAAAGAAAUUGUUGACACAAUUUCGCAUAGGCUGCAUUUAGUAACUCAAAGUGCAAAUGAAAACCUGGUUGGAAUAGAGGCUCGCAUGCAAAAUCUGAAAUCAAAGUUACAAAUUGGGUCAGGUGGGGUGCGCAUGAUUGGAAUAUGGGGGGUUGGGGGUGGUGGUAAGACUACUCUUGCAUCUUCUGUAUAUAGUGAAAUCUAUCUCCACUUUGAUGGUUCUUGCUUUGUUGAAAACAUUCGAGAGGAAUCAAGCAAGUAUGGUUUGGCAAAAAUGCAAGAAAAAAUUCUUUCAAAUGUGUUGAAACAAAAAGAAGUUAAAGUACCAAGAGUUGACGAAGGAAGACGCAUGAUAAAGGGCAAGUUGUGCCAUAGAAAGGUCUUGGUUGUUCUUGAUGAUGUUAAUCAGCUUGAGCAACUAAGAGCGUUAGCCGGAUCACAUGAUUGGUUCGGUGAAGGAAGCCGAAUUAUAAUAACAACUAGAGAUGAGCAUGUAGUAUUAACUACUACGCCUAGAGUAGACUUGAUACAUAAAAUUAGCUUGUUAAACGAUGAUGAGGCUAUGGAGCUCUUUUCCAAGUAUGCACCUCAGGGUCACAAACGUGUAGAAGAUUAUGAGCUGCUUUCAGAAGAUGUGGUUUUUUAUGCUGGUGGGCUCCCUUUAGCACUUACAACUCUCGGUUCCAGUCUGUGUGACAAAGACAUUAAUGAAUGGAGGAGUGCAUUAGCCAGACUGAAAGAGAUUCCAAAUGAUGAUAUUUUGGAAACGCUAAAAAUCAGCUUUGAUGGACUUACAAAGCUUGAGAAAGAUUUGUUCCUAGAUAUUGCAUGUUUUUUUAGGAAGAAGGACAAAGAUAAGGCAAUGAAGACGCUUGAUGCUUGUGGUCUACAUCCUGUGAUAGGAGUAAAGGUGUUGAUACAAAAGGCUCUCAUAACUAUUUCACGAAAUGGAGAGUUUGAUAUGCAUGAUCUGGUGCAAGAAAUGGCACACUACAUUGUUAGAGGGGAAUACCCCAAGAAUCCCGAAAAACAUAGUAGAAUUUGGAAGACUGAAGAUGUUCUGAGAAUAUGUGCCCUGGAUGCAACGAUGGAACUUGACAUGAUUGAAGCAAUAAGACUUGAUUGUAAUAGUCAUGAUAUAUCACAAUUGCUUCCUCCGAUUGGUGCAAACAUGAAAAACCUUCGAUGGAUUGACUGGAGAUGUGAUCUUGCAUGUCCGUUUCCUACCAAAUUUUCACCAUGGAAGCUUUGUUGUCUAAGAUUGGAUGGCAUCUCACAGAAACAGAUUUGGGAGGGUUAUAAGCAUCUGCCGAAUUUGAAAAUCAUGAAACUUGCUCGUUUGAAAAACCUAAUCAUGACACCAGAUUUUCGUGGACUUCCAAAUCUUGAAAGAUUCAAUCUUCGUAAAUGCCCGCGUUUAGAAGAGAUUGAUCCAUCGAUUGGACUUUUGAAAAAGCUUGUCUCCGUAUCUAUAGAAGAUUGUAGGAGACUUAAGAUGUUUCCACCCAUUACCCAACUAGAGAAACUCGAUACCCUUACAUUCUCAUAUUGCCCCAAGCUUUUUACAUUCACAGAGAUCGAACAACAGAACAUUAAAAGCUUACCACAUCUUCAUUUGGAUGAUAGUGAGGACGAGGUUGCAUCCUAUAUAGAAUCCGGUACAAAAAAAUUUGUUACUUGGUUGACAUGUUUCAGUAAUCUUGGUGGUGAUACAGAAGUUGAAAAACCAGUACUAGAGGAUCCCAUUGAUGUAGAAUGUUGUUUAAAGGAAUCCUGUUUACCUCACACGAGAGGGUUACAAUUUUUCCAUACAGGCUUAACAAAGUUGAAUCUCAGGCACUGCCAUCUAAGAGACGAGUACAUUGGCUCUGCUGUUUGGGAGUUGCCCAACUUGCAAGAACUCAAUCUAAAACAAAAUAAAUUUUCUCGAUUAAAUUUUAGUCGCUUGCAACUUCCUCGGCUCAAAUGGCUCAACGUGUCAGAGUGCAAAAGCCUUGUAGAAUUGUCAGAGCUGCCAUCAAGUAUAGCUGCUGUUAAGGCGGAUGAUUGUGAAUCACUUGAAAGCUUUGGAGAUAUUUCAAACUGCAAAUUGUUGUGGAAAGUCUCACUCUUUAGGAAGAAUAAACUUUGUGGCGACAUAUUACUAAACUCCAUGCUCCAGGGAAAUGCUUUUGAAAAUCACUUUAUCAGUGCCGUUGUUAAACAUCAGAUGAUUCCAAAGGAGUGGUUUGUAGAUAGGCUGUUUACCGAGAGCACACAUACACUGCAUCUUCCACAUGAUUGGUACAGUAACUAUUGUGGGUUUUUAAUACGCGUUGUCACGGACAUGAAAUCUCCACGUAUUAGUAUAAUCAUCAAGCAGGAGGUAGAAGAAGAAGUAUAUUCUCGAUCUGAAAUUUGGCAGGAGCCUGAUGAAUAUAAUGAAAUGACAUUCAUAGGAUAUGUUUCGUUUCAUUCAUUGAGGAACACCACAUUAUUGACUUCAUCACACAAUAUCAUUUCAUUUUCGAUACACAAUAUGUUUGGGUGUUCAGCUUACAAGAGUUAUGUUGGUGCUGAGCUAGUUCCUAGGAAAGUAAAGGGUGAUCAGGCGUUUGCAACAACAGAUUGCUCAGAAUUUUGGGAUGAUGAAUGUAAACAUGGAAAUACGUUUACGAUCAAACGUGAUUCAAACACUUCUAUCAAUAUUUUAUGGAAGCCUAGCCACACCUUCUCUCCGUAUGGGUAUCCGUAUCCAUAUAUGUAUCCGUAUCCACAUCCAAACGGCAAGUACUACUAUCAGCUGGAAGAAGAUAAGUCUUCUUGUGUAAUAUGUUGAGGUCCGGAAAGAUAGUGGAAGUGUACAAGAAAAGUUGCAGUAUGUACAUGUAUAUUGGAGUACUUUUCAAGAACUAAUGUGGGAAAUGAUCAAUGUACAAGAAAAGAUGCAGUAGGUACAUGUGUACAGGGUGGCUUUUGGAUUGGUGAUAUAUAAGGACCACCGACCAAAAUCAGUGCAAAUGAAAUUUGUUUAUGAUUGUGCAUGAGAAUGGAUGUCCAUAUAUUGUGAUGACAUGACUUAUUUGUUCAUAUUUGACCUAUUUAUCAUGGUCAUAUUUUAGUUGGUUGUCAAA